AUGAGCUAUCAGCAUAAAUCAGGUGCUUCAAAAAGAAAGGAAAAAGAAAAACGAGAAACGUUAGCAAGAAAAAACCAAAAAACAUGUGACAGUUUUUUUAUGAUUAAUCAAUCAAGUUCCAAUUUUCACAACGAAUCUGAACCUGAAAAAAUUGAAAAUACUACAUUGGUGGAAGAAUCUCUUACCGUUAUUUCUCCUGAAAUUGUAACGUUUGAUGUUGACGAAGGUGAAAACUCAUCUGCGGCCAACAACUGCAACAAAUCAACACUUUCAGUGUACGAUAUAGGAAAAGAAGAAAACACAUUUCUUCAAACCAAAGACGUUCAUGAAGCCGUCCUUAACGGUCCACCAACCUUGCCUAAAAACUUUCCAGUAGACUUUGAAGGGAACUUUUUUCCUCCAUCGGCGCUUGUAGGCCAUUCCAGUCAUUUACUAAUUUCUGUUGAAGUAGUAUUUUUUGACAUCUUUUCUGCAAGGCCACUUAAUCAACAUCAUACCAUUUCCUCUUGUCGUCAUGGUAGAUACGUAGUCUGGCGGAUCUUGGGCUAUAAAUCGAAUCUUUCCCAAAAGAGGCAUAUUUUACGCUUUACGGCGAUCAACAUGGAGAAGAACAGCAAAAAAAAUAUACUCGUUUACUCAUCAACAUCAUGA